UUGAUUGGAAUCAAGAAUGUGAUUUUGGUAUCUGCUCUAGGCGUUAUGCCACGUCUUUAUGAUGUAGCCGGAAUGUAUUCUAUCCCCAGCUUUAUGCCAGUUGGUCUGACGCCCUACUCUGAUGAAAUGACGUUUAUUGAAAGACUGACCAAUUUCAAUCUUGAUUUGACAUACCAUUACUUUCAGUACAAAUUGGAAAAUAGAUUUACUGAUUUAUUUCUUGAUAAGUAUCCGAACUUUCCAACCAUCGACGAGAUAUAUAAAGAGAAAACAGCCUUGAUUAUGGUGAACGCUAAUGAGUUUGCCGAAACAGCUCGUCCUACUACUGGUAUGAUUAAGUAUAUUGGUGGGUCCGCGAUAUCCGAUCCCAUACCUUUGUCAGAGGACUUGAAUCAGCUACUAGAGCAGAAUCCUGUCAAUAUUCUCUUCUCAAUGGGAAGUGUGGCUCAAUCAAAAGAUAUGCCUGAGUGGUUGAAAAGAGGUAAGACGCAGUGUUAG